CUCCUUUCCUGAUUCCUCCUUCUGCUUUUGCCAAUUCUUUCCAAGAAUACCUAGCCUUCGCUUCCACUUUACCGCCCAGCACACCCCGGUUUUUAAGGUUUUCCCGACACUCGACCAGUCUCAGGAGAGCCACUCGCUUUAGCGCACUUCAGCAACGUUCGCUAAUCUUCUUGCUUCGCUGCACAACCCACACAGAGGAAGGAAGAGGACCCUUCCCAAGCCUAAAACGCAUUAAUUUUUAGCUCGCUCACCGACUUCUUCACCUUUGUGUGUGGACUGUGACUUCUAACCUACAACCCCCUGCCUACGAAACUACUACCAGAAAAUCCAAGAAAAAAUGUCUCCUGUUAACAACAUCACUGCUUCCAACGGCGCUCCGUCCGCCAACACCGCCACUGCCUCCGGCGCUACUGCAUUCCAGGUCGAUUCGCCCUAUGUCCACUACUCUGAGGGAUCCAUCGAGUCCGAUUACCUGUACGACACCACGAUCGUUUCGCGCGAUUCCGAGUCGGGCAAGCUCAAGGCCAAGCCGACCAAGGUGCACUACCAGUUCAAGACCCGCACCAAGGUUGGCCGCGUCGGCCUGAUGCUUAUCGGCUGGGGUGGCAACAACGGCUCGACCAUCACCGCCUCGAUAAUCGCCAACAAGAAGAAGAUCUCGUGGGAAACCCGCAAGGGCACCCAGGAGCCCAACUACUUUGGCUCGGUCAUGCUUGCCUCGACCACCAAGCUCGGUGUCGACGAGAACCUGCGCGACGUGUAUGUCCCCUUCAACGAGAUCGUGCCCAUGGUGCACCCGAACGACAUUGUCAUCGGCGGCUGGGACAUCAACUCGCUGAGCAUUGGCGAUGCCAUGCGCCGCGCCGAGGUGCUGCCGGUUGACCUGCAGCGCAAGCUGUACGAUGAGCUGAACGAGCUCAAGCCGCUGCCCUCGGUCUACUACCCCGAUUUCAUCGCCGCCAACCAGGAGGAGCGCGCCGACAACACCAUCGGCGGCACCAAGCAGGAGCAGCUCGAGCACCUGCGCAGAGACAUCCGCGAGUUCAAGCAGGCCAACGAGCUGGACCGCGUUAUUGUCAUGUGGACUGCCAACACUGAGCGCUACGCCGACAUCCUGGCCGGCGUCAACGACACCGCCGACAACCUGCUGCAGGCCAUUGCCAAUGGCCACGAGGAGGUUUCGCCGUCGACCCUGUUCGCCGUCGCCUCGAUCCUCGAGGGUGCGCCCUUCGUCAACGGCUCGCCGCAGAACACCCUGGUGCCUGGUGUCAUCGAUCUGGCUGAGCGUGAGCGCAGCUUCGUCGGCGGUGACGACUUCAAGUCCGGCCAGACCAAGAUCAAGUCUGUGCUGGCCGAGUUCCUGGUCAACGCCGGUAUCAAGCCGCUGGCCAUCACCUCGUACAACCACCUGGGCAACAACGACGGCCGCAACCUGUCGGCCCCGGCGCAGUUCCGCUCCAAGGAGAUCUCCAAGAGCAGCGUCGUCGACGACAUGGUCAGCGCCAACAACAUCCUGUACAAGAAGGGCGAGCACCCCGACCACACCAUCGUGAUCAAGUACGUGCCGUCGGUCGGUGACUCGAAGCGCGCGCUCGACGAGUACGUCAGCGAGAUCUUCAUGGGUGGUCUCAACACCAUCUCGCUGUACAACACGUGCGAGGACUCGCUGCUGGCGUCGCCGCUCAUCAUCGACCUUUUCAUGAUGACCGAGCUGAUGACCCGCGUCACCUACCGCGUCAAGUCCGAUGCCGACGCCCAGGAGCCUGAGUGGCAGCCGUUCCACUCGGUGCUGUCCAUCCUGUCGUACAUGCUCAAGGCUCCGGUCGUCCCGCCCGGCACCCCGGUCGUCAACGCCCUUGCCAAGCAGCGCAUGGCCAUGGAGAACAUCAUGCGUGCGUUUGUCGGUCUGCCGCCCAACAACGAGAUGCUGCUCGAGCACCGUGCCUUCCACUAACUCUCUUUCUUUCUUCUCCGGCUGAGCUUUGGGAAGAGCUGCUGCGAAGAAGGCAAAAAGGUUUUGGUGUGGGUAACUCGGCGGUUUUAUUUUGCCCUCUUCAGCGCUUCUCUUGCAGUGCUUGUCAAAUAUAUUUCAAUUUCUGUUGA